UCUGCAAAUCCUAAUCUUGUGUAUCAUGGCUGUGGCAGCCAAUGUGUGCAAGAAUGAUGCCCAGAUUGCAGGAUCUCCUCUCUCUGGAAGUUUUGGAAUGGCUGGAACUAACAAUGACUAUCUUUUGGAUAUUUUGGAAGACCAAGACAAUGAAUUACUCUAUUUCAUUGGCCAUUUCCCAUCAUCCGGUUCUUGGGACACAAUAAUCUACAAGUCGGAUCCUGAGCUAUCCAAGGUGCAAGUGAUGACUUAUGAUAUCUUCUGCAACUACCAUUCCUACUCCAUGUCUCCGAGCAAGGAGUUUAUUUAUAUCCAAGACCUGACAACAGGAAAGAUAUUUGAAGUCAGAGCUUCAGACCUUGCCAUCUCCAGGUCGUUAGCAGUUAUUGCAGAUUAGCUCUGCCUCGAUUACUAUGGAUUCUAACAUGAAAGUGGGCAAGGGUUUCUAUUUCAGCUUAACCAUCAGCUCAAACAUGCACAUUUGCAGAUGGGAUAUGUCAAGCUCCAAUCUCGACUGACUCACUUUCGGAGUUAGCAGUCAAGCCAAUUUGGCUUCAAUCAGUGCUGAUCUGCUGUUCUUUGGGUCAACUGACACAACAGCUGAUCAAUACUACUUGGUCAACUACAACUUCUCAUCCUCGAGCCUGGCCUGGAAGAAGAGCAUUGCCUGUCCCACUUCUGGCUGAGUGAACGAAUUCAGCAGCUCCCUGAUGAGCAGAGAUGAAGAGUGGGUUUACACAAUGGUACUGUACGAUACCAACUUUAUUUUCCAAAAACUCAGCAUCACCGAUGGGAGUCCCCAAAGCUCUGGGCUGCUUUGGAACGACAUUGGGAUUGGGUAUAGUUACAAAAUAGAAGAGUUCAGCUACUUCAUUGCUGUUCAGAUUCGCAGUGCCUCUCUAUCAAAUUACAAAAGGUUAAUUCUGGUCUCCCCCUCAGCUGCAGAAAUUGUGAAGGAGUACAAGUCGGUAGACUCGAGGGCUUAUGCAACUAGAAGGUGGUUAUAUGAAGGUGAAGAGCUAAUCUACCAUUCUGGUAUAAUUCUCACUAAUAACACAUUCUUCCUUGCAAGAUCACCCAUAAACAACAUUGGACAGCUUUCUGAGUUUGAAGAAGACACUCCUCUGUUCAGCCCAAUUACCACGAACUAUCAGGUGUCAUCAACAACAUCAAACCCAAGUCUAACCACAAGUACGGGAGCUCUUAUUAUUUCAACCUCAUCGCUCAUCACGAUCAAUGACAUAACAUCUUCGACCAAUCCUUCAUUUACUAGAUACGUUGCUUUGUGGAAUCAGGAUCACCCCCAGACUGUCCAGAGCAACUCAUCUGUCAAAUUGGAAUUCAUCUGGGCCUGAGCUCAGUCAACAAAUUACACUGACAUCAGCUUCGACCUAGCCCAAACUGGUUCUAAUGCUAUCCCUGAGUGGGUUAGGUUGGAUGCAGACAACCAAGAGCUGCACCUCAAAACCACUCCCAAACUGACAGAAAAGAAGAUUUUUUAUUUUUCACUUCAGAUCUCCUUCAAUAGUGAAGUUCAUUACAAGAAGUUUGAGAUCACUGUAGAAGAGUGAUCUAUUCAGAACUGCAAUCGAUGAGCACUGGGCAAUCACAGUAUUUGAGAGGCUUGAUCAGAUGGGUAUCAAAACUCUGAUGCACAAACAUUAUGUUCCAAAGUCAAAUCUUCAGCUGGUGCUACACAGAUUGUCAUUGCUUUUAUUGGAGCAAGUAUGAUAAUUGCUACUAUCUCAUCUGCUCUUUCAUUUACUUCGAUCAACUCAAUUUUCUGUAUGAUGAAUAGCCUGCAACUUACAAUUCUUCUGCCACUCGUUCCAGAGUAUUUUUCAAUCAAAGUUUUGAAUUUUUUGAAUGGAAUGGGCUUUGCAAUGCUUUCAUUUGAUUUUAUUCAGCUCAAAGAUAUUCCUUUCAUUAAAACCAUAACAAACUGGGUCAAAUAUCCUCAGACUAAUGAAUACUUGAAAGAUAUAGGGAUGAGCUCAGGAAGUUCUCUUGUGAACUAUUUUUCCCUAAUAACGUUCAUUAUUUUGCUCAUAAUAUGCCACAUAUGAGUUUAUCUAUUCACAAAAUGAGCAAGGAAAUCUGAACACGAGAAAUGAACGAAGUUCUUCAAUAAACUUUUUGAAUUUUUUACCUUCAACAUCUACAUUCGUAUCUUCAUCCAGGCGUUUGUGUUCACAAUGCUAUGUAUUUUUUCUGAAAUUUACUCAUUAAACCUAAAGACAACAACUAUGAAAAUCUCGUCCGGAUCCUGAAUAGUUAUGACUAUAGUUUGACUUUGCUUACUUCUCCUAUCAUUUUAUAUUUAUAAAAGAUCGUUUCCGGAGAUAGACAAUGACAAAUAUUGGAUGUGCAAAGAGUUCUUCAAUGGAGUCAAACAUGGCAAAUACUCUAACCUCUAUACGACUAUUUUUUUGAUACUCAGAGUUAUGUUAGUUGCUCUUGUUAUUUUUGGGAAAACAAUUCCAUCAUUUUUCAAGGCGACGGUAUUUUACUCAAUAAACAUCGCUUAUGGAGGAUAUCUCCUGGUUGUCCGACCGUAUGAGAAUCCUCAAGAUAAUAUUGUUGAAUGCAUCAACCAGAUCUUAUUUUGUUCCCUUACAAUUCCAUUAUCUUGGCUAAAUACUAAAUCCAGAUGGACUUCAUUUUAUGAAGAUUUCUACAUUGCAGUUUUUAUGGCAUCAUCGGUCAUAGGAAGCUUUGUUUGAUUCAUAUUUUUAAUCAAAUUGAUCCUUUCUCGCAUCAAAAAAAUUAAAUCUGCCUCUAAAGUCAAAAAUUUACCUCUUCCCGAGAUAACAAGAGAAAACCCAAGAAGGUUCCACAUCCACAAGACUAGCAAACUGAGUCUUGUAAAGCCAAACUCAGUCUUAAAAUACUCAUCAAACCUCAGUUUGCACCCUUCUGAAAUCCAGAGCACCAGCCAAAACCCUAGCCUGCAGCACAUCGCCCGAUUACGAAAAGAGAUCAGAGACCGGGAAAGAUUGCAAAAUCAAAUGGGGAAUCAAAAGUUAAACUAAUUUACGUCAUUCAUAAACAGA